UCUCCAUUUGUACACUAUUUUCUUCUCCUUCCCCUCCCUAUAUAUAAAAUCCCACUUCCCCCUUUUACCUUAACCAUUGCCCAAAACCCCUCUAUUUUUCCGUGUAACCUAAAGCGCGCGCGUUCAUGGAGGACGACGAUGAGUUCGGAGAUCUCUACACAGACGUCCUCCGCCCCCUCGAGGCGCAGUUUCAGCCGCAGCGCGAGCAACACGCGCCCGCCUCAGCUGCUGGAAAGGCGCCGCCGCCGCAGGGCCGGCCGAUCGAUCUCAACAUCGAUAGCGACGAUGAGGAGAUUCUGUACGGAGCUUCGGAUUCGACGACUCGGAAGUCGAAUCCCCCCAGUGGGAACUCGGACGCCUUGAUUCGAGAGAAAACCCUUCCUGAGCCUAGGGGAAUUGAUUUGAAUUUGGAUUCGAACCCGGGGACGGCGAGGAUUGACGGAUUAGUUGGAAAGGGAGGCGAUGGUUCGGGGUUUGAUGCUAGGGUUUUGGAGAAGGGGCGUGGUUUGGAGUUGCGCGACAAGGCGUCUGGUGAAUCGAGUUUCAUGGAGGAUGAAGAUGAUAUUAAUAUAAUUGUGGAAGAAAGGGAGGAUAAAGAUGGAGACUUGGUGGAGAAUGACGCUAGCUUGACGAGCAAGGAUGAGAAGAUGUAUGCUACCACAGUUCAAGAGGGAAAUACUAUGAAUUUGUUGAAUGAUGCAGGUGAAAUGGGUACGCAGCAGAUGAUCCCUGGGCUUUCGGGCGGAUUGGAGAAUCCCAGGCCUCCAAAUAUUGAGGAUGAGUGGGAGAGUGAAGAGAGUGAUGAUGAUCUGCAGAUAGUGCUAAACGACAACCACCAUGGGCCAAUGGGGAUGGAAAGGAUGCCGGGAGUGAUUGAUGAUGAUGAUGAAGAUGGAGAACCGUUGGUGAUUGUCGCGGAUAAUGGUGAUGUUGGCCACCCUCAUCACCAGGCACAGAGGAAUGCGGACGAGCAAGAGUGGGGCGGUGAGGAAGGGGGAUCUGGAGCUGACGGGGAGAAGGAUUCGGGGGAUAUCAUGAAGGCAAGUGGAGGAGGAGGUGGGACUGCUCCAGCAGCUGCACAGCCAAAGAUUGCAUAUAGCAAUCAUGCAUACCAUCAUCCAUUCUCUUCACAGUUCAAGUAUGUGAGACCUGGCGCAGCACCUUUCCCUCCAGCAGCUCCUGGGGCAAUGCCAGGUCAAGUUCGUCCACCCAUCAGCAUGGGGCCUCCAGCUGGACGUGGAAGAGGUGAUUGGAGGCCAGCAGGAAUGAAGGGGACCUUGCCCCAGAAAGGGUUCCAUCCUCCAGCUUGGGGAGUUAAUUCAGCAGGUCGUGGCUAUGGAAGUGGUUUAGAUUUCACUCUUCCUUCACACAAGACCAUUUUUGAAGUUGAUAUUGAUAGUUUUGAAGAAAAACCAUGGAAACUUCCUGGUAUUGAUGUAUCUGACUUUUUCAACUUUGGUUUGAAUGAGGAUAGUUGGAGAGAUUACUGCAAACAACUGGAACAACUCAGGCUUGAGAUGACUAUGCAAAGCAAAAUUCGUGUUUAUGAAAGUGGCAGGGCAGAACAGGAUUAUGAUCCAGAUCUUCCGCCAGAGCUUGCAGCUGCAGUCGGUAUUCAAGAUAAUAAUUCAUCUCAAAAAGGAAGUCAUGGAAAGGUGGAUGCUGGUCCAACUGACUUAGCAAGAGCAGCUGCACGGGAACGGCCUUCUCUUCCUGUUGGCAGACCUAUACCAGUAGAAACUGGUUCUGGUGAUCGUCUGCCAUCAAUUGAUACAAGGCGUCCAAGAAUGCAUGAUAUGGAUGCAAUUAUCGAGAUCGCCUGCCAGAGUCCCAUGGAUGGUGAUGACAUAUCAGAGCAACAGGAUAGUGAUACUGCAAGAAAGGAUCAUCUUGGCGGAGGUGAUGAAGCUGAUAGUGUUCAACACGAUGAGGUGGACCAUAUCGAUAGCUAUUCUCCUGCAUUUACUGGUAAUAAGAGAAAUUUUGAAUCAAGAAGAUCACAGCCAAAGAGCGCUGUCAAUAAUGAUGGUAUUGCAAGAGAGGAUGUUCCACAUCUUCCUUCAGAAAAUUCCCAUUCUGAUAGGGAGACUAGUGUCCCGCGAGACGAGAGGUCUACAAAGGGAAGGAGGAACAUCAGAUCUCCUGUGAAGUCUGCUCAUGAGAAUAAAAGAGGAGAACAUAUUGCAGGAGAUCUAAAGGAAGAAUCAUAUCGUGCUGGGGAUGCUAAGCAAACUCCUGCCUUGUCAUCUUCCCACUCCAUUGGAUCUGAUGGGGAGCAAGAUGUAGCAGUUGCAGAUGAGAUGAAUGAUGCUUCAGUGGUGGAUGAUAAAAGCUUUAAUAUGGAUAGGGAGGAAAUGACUUCAGAUGCGCCAAACAGGGGGAAACGAGAAGAGGGAAGCCUUUAUUCAACAAAGAAACAAAAGCUAAGUUCACACGUAGGACUACUUCCACGAGAGUAUGAGGAUGGGAAAGACUCAAAGGCUGCAAGGAGUAAUGACAGCAAAGCAAGAUCAGGAAGUAGUGAACAUCUUCAGAGUUCUCCUGAUGAUGUCAACGACGAAGCCCUUCAGGAUAGGCACCCUCUUCGAGCAGGUAACAUCAGGAGAGAAGUAGGAGAUGAGGAUAAUGCUCAUAGGAAAGACCACUAUGAUAGAGAUGAAGCUGUAAGACAGAACAUUGUGGUGAAAGGGAGAGAAGAUUCUCUUUCACGUAGAGGUGGGGAUGCUAACUCAUCACUUCAUCGGCAUGGGAAAGCUGACAAUGCUGACUGGAGGAAGGGUAGUGAUGUAUCCGAAGGAACCUGGAAUCGGAGAGAUGAUGAUCAUCGUGGUAGAAGAACAAGACUUGAAGACCCGAGAAAGAGGGAGCAUGGUCGUGAAAUCAGCUCCAGAGAUCGAGAUAAGCUUAGAGAAAAAGAUAAGAGUGAGAAAGAUGAACAUCAUCAAUCAAGAAAUCAGCUGGAUAAUGGCGGUUGGAGGGGGCCUAAUCAUGAAUUUGAUUCCAUAGGAUCUAGACAAAGAGAUAGGGAUGAUCAUCUUAAAAGUAGGAGUGAAAGGGUAGAUGACAUUCACAGCACCAGAAGAAAAGAAGAGACGCAUGUGAGACGGACAAAUGCUGAAAAGGAUGAUAUUUCUCAUAGUCACAGAGAAAGUAGCACCCGGAGGAAAAGAGAGAGAGAUGAUAGCUCUGAUCUGCUCAAAAGAGAUGAGCAAGGUAGAUCAAAGGAUGAUGAGGUGCAUUUUGCUCGUCAAAAAGAAGGGGGAUCGUCUCAAAGGGAGAGGAGUGAAAGGCAGAGAGAGCGUGAUGAAUGGCAUAGAACUAAACAAGAUGACCUUUUGUCGAAGAGGGAAAGAGUAGAAACUCGGCCAGUGAUGAGGAGUGGGCGAGCGGCUGAAGAUAAAACAUGGCCAAGUCAUUCAAGAGGGAAUGAUGACUACAAAGGAUCUAGCAGAGAGUACCAUCCAAAGGAUAUAGGCAGGCACACUGAUCAACUAAAGCCAAGGGAUCGAGUUGAAAAUGAGAGUUUUUCACAGCGUAGGAGCCAUGACGAUGUUUAUGCUCGUGGAAAUCAACUGAACAAUGAUGAGAAAAGAACAAGAUAUGAAAAGACUAGCAAUCGGGAUGAUCGUGCUGCCUAUGGUUCCGAUACUUCUAGGGCACAUGAAUACAAAAGGAAAGAAGCUAGUCGAAGGAGUAGAGAUUCAGACAGUGGAGAUCACAGUUCCUUGAUACCUUCCAAGAGGAAUCAGGAUGAGGAUGGGGGUCGAAUAAAUGAGAAGGCAAGCAUGAGAGGCAGAACUGAGCAGCAAAGUGGUCAUGGUCAUGCAAAUCACCAAUCAUCUCGAAAGCACAAAGAAGAGGCUUCAACUGACGAAGAACAAGCUGACUCAAGAAGGGGUCGAUCCAAAUUGGAACGCUGGACUAGCCAUAAGGAGAGGGAUUUUGGCAUCACUCCCGCUCCAUCAUCUUCUUUGAAGAAACGAGAUCGAGAGCGGGAGAGAGAUCGAGAGCGAGAUACACACAACAGUAGUGGGGCGACCGGGCCUCCUGAAGAUCCUUCCGAAAAGAUAGAAGAAGAUAAACCACAACCGCCUGUGGUUGAUAACAAAGAUGGUGGUCCAGAAAUGAAUAGCGACAACACUAAAGCAGUGGCCGUGGAGGAUAAACACUUGGACACCGUUGCCAAGUUGAAGAAACGAAGUGAGCGUUUCAAGCUUCCUAUGCCUAUUGAUAAAGAUGCGGUUGCAGUAAAGAAGAUGGAGAGCGAGCCGACUUUGCCUUCAAGCCAAGUGGAGACGCGCCCCGAUUCAGAGAUCAAAUCGGAGCGGCCAGCUCGAAAGAGGAGGUGGACUGGCAAUUAAUAGUGAAGGAUGCUUUCGUUUCGUUGUUGAAGAACCCUACCUAUUAUGUUGUCGGAUCAUGAUAAUUGAUUUGAGGCUUCUUGCAUUCUACGUCUUCUAUAUUUACAUUGCGGCGGCCAUCAACUGUUGUAGCUUUUGUAACUCGAGAAUCCUUUGUAUAUACCGACCUUAAUAUAUGUAGCAUUAGACAGGCUGUAGCUGCACACACAAUUUUCAACCCUAUAUUUCUUUUAACACAGCACCAUAUACAGUGUAUUACCAUGUGACCAAGUUUAUUAUUUCAUGAUGAGGAUUUUGGAUAAUUUAUAUAUGGAAUUAGAUUAGUUUUGAUAUAA